AUGUGUAGCCCGCUCCCGUGGCUGCCGGUGCUGCUUGUGCUGCUGCCGGCCGCGGCCUUCGCCGACGAGCGGUGUCCGCUGAACGUUUCCAGACCGGCGCCCGAAAACGCUUACCUGGUGGACGACGUACUGUGGGCCGGGGAACCGAAAAAAAAGUAUCGGCCGGCCGCGUACCGUCCGGUCCCGGGCGGCGGUUACGUCCUGUGCACGUGCCAAGCGGAAGCGUGUUUGCGGAAGUGCUGCCCGCAGAACUGGACGUACGACAUGAAAGGGAAAUGCUCGGCGCUCAACGCAUCGCUCGACGUCAAGUUUGAGGUUCCAGAGUUUGUAAAUGAAACCGGGACGGUUGAUGCAUAUGAGACAGGCCAGAUUCAUGUAUUCUAUGAAAAACUGAGGUGUUAUAAAAAAUACCUAAUGGUUCCAUCAUUGAAUAAAACUAAUAAUUUCCGAAUAACCAUAGCGGGGUGGUUACUGAAUGAAGUCGGAGACAUUAUUGCUGCACCAGGUCAAUUUUGUAUGGAUUCAUUUCCCAAGUUCAAUUUUCAAACGUUACCAGUUAUUUGUUAUCCAGUACUGGAAAACAAAGCAAUAGACUUAGAUAUGAUUCAUAUCGGAAAUAUUCUAUCACUACCAUUUUUGUUUUCAACGUUCCUCGUGUAUGCGCUCAUUAGAGACUUACGGAAUUUGCACGGAAAGUCUCUUAUGUGUCAUAUAGCAACGCUAUUUGUGGACAAAACUAUUAAAACUAUUAGAGACUUAGGUGGCGAAUAUUUUUAUCCAAAAUGGUGCAUUUUUUCUGCGUAUGCUUAUCAAUCCUCUUCAUUGGCAAGUGUUUUCUGGCUCAAUGUUAUGUGUUUCGACUUAUGGCGGACUUUCAGCACAUUUAGACCAUUAAGAAGAAAUGUACAAGAACAUGAAGCGAAAAAGUUUAUAAUCUAUUCCAUUUAUGCUUGGGGAAGUACCGCUUUAAUCAGAAUAUUUACAUUUGGUAUGGAGAAAUACUCACCAUUUGAUGCAAUUCGUCCAGAUAUCGAUAUAAGGACUUGUUGGAAUAGAUCAUUUUCAGCCGCGAUGUUAUAUUUUAAUGGUCCUAUUAGUAUUCUAUUAUUUAGUAAUCUACUGAUGUUUAUACACACGGCAAUAAUUAUUGUGAAACAUAUGCGUUAUGCUAGAGUACUCAGUGGAUCUGAAAGCCAAAAGAAUAUGGACCAUGAAAAAGGACGGUUCAUGAUGUAUUUGAAAUUAUUCAUCGUCAUGGGUGUCGGUUGGUCAACGAAAAUAACAUUAGCAUGGGUACCAGGUUUAUGUGUUUUUCCAUCAGUGUGUUACGUUAUAAGCAUCGUGAACUCGUUAUAUGGAGUGUGGAUUUUUUUAAUUGUUGUUUGUAAAAAACGUGUUUUAAAUUUAUUAAACAAAAAACUUUGUCCACGGUUUCAAUUUUUUAAGACAUCUACUGCAUCUACUAGAAUAACUAAUAUCACCACCCCUGGAACUAGUUCCAAUACCGCAAAUAAAGAUGCAGUUGAGAUGUCCACUAAUUGUUGA